AGUGGUAAAGAUCUGGUGAUGUUUCUAUUUUGAACAUCCGCAACAUGGCUGCCUCCAUGUAGGCGGUUGUUGGAGAAGCAGUUCGUGUGUGAGGAAAAUACAGACCGUGACAGAGACCAGACUGAUUCAGUUAUUGUUUUUACUCGUCUACACUAAGUAUGAACGCCAGAGAAAUAGCCAACUGUACGCUGCAGAUAAAGAAACUCGGCGCAGACAGAAACUAUGACAACAUCCUGACCCUCCUCAGUGACCUGGAAAACACUCAGAUCACAGCAGAGCAGCUGGAAACCACAGACGUUGCUGGAGUUCUUUACAGGCACCUGAAAACGUGUUCUCACCAAGAAGUGAGGAAGGCGGUAAAGAGUUUAUUGGCAAAGUGGAGGAGGGAAUAUGGCGAGAAUGGCCAUGCAGUUAAGAGGAAAGAGGCCGCGAUUUCCCCCGGAGCCACGUCAUCACAGGACGUUACGGAGGAUGUAAAUGGUCCUGUGUCAUCCACCGUGGAAAGUAAGAGCGGCGUGACUUCAGUGAGCACACGUGCCGCUUCAGACCUCCCUACUGUGCGAGCAAAAUGUGCUGAGCUGCUCCUCACUGCCCUCCACCCCGAACCUCCUGAGCAGGAGAUGGCUGCACAGUUGGCCUGUGACAUCGAGCAGCACAUCCAUGUUCUCCAUAAAAACAAUGAAACUAAAUACAAAAUCUGUAUCCGGAGCAAGGUGGCCAACUUGAAAAAUCCCAAAAAUGGACACCUACGUCAAGGCCUCCUGAGCAGCUCACUGUCACCUGAGGCCUUUGCCCAGAUGUCUGUGGAGGAGAUGGCCAGUCCGGAGCUUCGGCAGCUCAGGGAACAGUACUCAUCCCAGGGUGUGAGUGAGAGGCAGCUUCCUCAACACGUGGAAGGUACACAGACACACAAGAUUCACUGCAGACGGUGUGGAGGAUCAGAGUGCAGAGUGACUCAGGUGUCCCGGGGGGUGCUGUUUCUCCCUUCGUGGGCUAAGCGUUGUGGCCCUGACGAGGAUGCUAUGACCUUCGUCACAUGCAGCAGCUGUGGUCAGCAAUGGUAUCACAGCAGCUGGGUCUGUCUCUGAAUCUGUAUAUCAAUGUUGUGUGGUCUCUAAUAAACCGCAUUUUAAAGAUUUUAAA